AGACAAGUGUCUAACUAAACUCACGAAAGCCUCUCUGUGGUCCUCCGGGGGGCAGCAGCACUUUCGAGCAGCCGAACUAAAGAGGAAGAACAAAUAUGAGCAGCAGAAGAAGAACUCUUCGCAGAACAGGCUCUUGUUCCUGUUUAUCAUCAAAUGUCAAGCUGAAGUUCUGUCAGCUGGAGGUGGACAGACAGCAAAAGGUGGUCGCAGGAAUGUAAGCUCUGGGUCCUGCAGUCUUGUCCGCAAGGAAAUGGACGAGUUAAGUCCUUUGUUGGGCAACCAGAUUUCUGGGCAACCAGAGGAGGGUCCAGACCUUCUGUCUCCAAACCUGAGGCCCAGACACCAGGAACUGAUCCCAACACCAUGUGGACCGAUAAAGCCCUGGUCGGAGCUAUCAUGUCUGCUCAAGCUGUACUUCUGCUUCACCAUAGCGUCUCUGCUGGCGCUCCUCGGCCUCACCCUGUCCAGCAUCUACAAGCAGCACAUGGACACCGACGUGUCUGAUGAGGACAACUUCACUGUAUCUCUCAUCCAGUUGGUUGGAAUAUUGUUCUGCAUCUACUACAUCAGCCGGGGCGUGUUGCAGGAGAACAGACAGGAACUGGUGGUGUUUGUGCUCAGCGUGUUCUUGGUCAUGGUUCGAUCGGUGGUCAACUUCUCUGUGCUGGGGUCAAAGGGCAAGCAGGAGCUGCUGGUUCGUUUUGUGUGCAUCAUGUGUCUGGGCAUGAUCCACAUCUUCUGCACCAUACCGCUCAUCCGGAGGCCCAACAUGAUGGCGUUCCGUGUGGGUGGGGCCUUGGAUAGCCUCCAGGAGCAAUACUUCCUGCUCAACCUCUGUUUCUCCAUGGUGACCUUUGACCUUCAGGCUCAGCUGUGUCUGUGUAUCCUGAUCACGACAUCGGACUCGGCCAUGUCUGCUCCCAACAGCAUCAUCCUGGGCGUCGGAGUGGUGUGGGCCUGCGUGACCGCUGCUGUCGGGGCUGUUGCAGUUUUAAAGGAAGCCAAGGUCUUAGUUUGGGUCUUCAUGAUGCAGAACCUUCCUCAACUGGCUUUCUUUGUUUAUCUGUUGUACACGGUGGUAAUGAAAUGGUUCCAGGACAACAUAUACACCCUGGAGGCAGCUGCUGUCACUGGAGCUUUGAUUUCAGUGGUGAUUAAAGUGGUUUUAUUCUGGGGCCUCAUCAGACUGGUGCACAGCUUCGGCCAAGGCCUGAGGGAGAGGAUGUUUGCACCCAGCAAGUGAUAAAACAUCCAGUGGUCAUGGACCAAGGACACAGCUGCAUGCUGAGGGCCUAACACAGGGCCUUAGCACAGUGGUGCUGACCACAGAGCUCAUAUUUCUAUUCUACAUUAACUCCACCAAAAUGAUCAGUCAGCUGAGAACCUUUUUUUUGCCUAAUGUGCUGUUUACUGUAUAGAUUUUAUUUUAGCUAACACUUCUUUGUCAGUGUGCCUAUCAACAGUAUGAAAAGUUUCACAACUGCACUCAAACAUUUUUGUACUACAUCAAAUGUCUUGAAGAUUGGAUUCAUAAUGGUUUAAAAUGUUAUUUUUUACUGUUAUAUGCAUUGUAAUAUUUAAAUCCAUUGGUGUUCGUAGGCUCUAUGUGUACAUGCCAAAUUUUUUUUUAAGUGGCCAACAUCUUUUAGGAGCUUUUAUCUUAAAAGGUCUUUUUUUUGUUUCCUUCCUGUAAAUUACAUUGACUUUAGUUUGCUUUUAUAAAUAAGAAUUGUCUAACUUAAAUCUUGUUAUCUUCAUUGUCUAUAGACUACUUCUUCAACAAUGGAAUAUUUUUACUUAACUUUCUGCAGCACCUUUAAUGCACUUAAGUGUUUUUUCAUUCAAAGUUUUUAAUAAAAUAUCAAAACAGGA